CUCGCACUCCGCUCCGCCGUGCUCUCCCCCGGCUGGCUCCCGCAGCCGCCUCCUCCCCCGCCCGUCCGCCCGCUCCGGAGCGCCCUACCGUUACCUGCCGCCCGCCCGCGCUCCCCCCCAAGCUCAGGGCCUCUUGAGGGAAGGAUGAGGAGUUGGUGAAAACUCCAGGUAGAAGAUAAAUUAAGGAAUCAGAAGAAACUGGAGUAUACCACAAAGAAAACAAGCAAGUGUCCCGGAGCAGAGUCUAGAGUACAAGUGCUGGUAUGAAAACGCCUAGUCCAGAAAAGGAGCAGGAGUUAUGAAUGAUGUCCCUGUGAGAGGUCUGGAAUGUCCAUCAAAUGCCUGGAGAGGUGCAGUUGCACAGAGCAGCUCCUGUGAACCACAUCACCUCCAGCUGUCAAACUCACGCCUCUGGCCUAAAGCGUUCAGCCAGCAUCGCCUGCCCCACGAAUGGCUACCCAGAGGAAGCACUUGGUGAAAGAUUUCAAUCCUCAUAUCACCUGUUACAUCUGUAAAGGAUAUCUUAUCAAGCCAACCACAGUAACUGAAUGUCUCCAUACCUUUUGUAAGACAUGUAUUGUUCAGCACUUCGAAGACAGCAAUGAUUGCCCCAGGUGUGGCAAUCAGGUGCAUGAGACCAAUCCAUUAGAAAUGUUAAGGUUGGAUAACACAUUAGAGGAAAUUAUAUUUAAGCUGGUGCCUGGACUUCGAGAACAGGAACUUCAGCGUGAGAUCGAAUUUUGGAAGAAAAACAAACCUCAAGAAAAUGGACAAGAUGAAAGUUCAAAAGCUGACAAGCCCAAAGUAGAUGAAGAGGGUGAUGAAAAUCAAGAUGAUAAAGAUUAUCAUCGGAGUGACCCACAGAUUGCUAUUUGCCUUGAUUGUUUACGGAACAAUGGGCAGUCAGGGGAUAACAUAGUAAAAGGUUUAAUGAAGAAAUUCAUCCGCUGUUCUACACGAGUGACUGUGGGAACCAUCAAAAAGUUUCUCAGUUUAAAAUUAAAGCUUCCGAGUUCUUAUGAGCUGGAUGUACUAUGCAAUGGUGAAAUUAUGGGGAAGGAUCAUACUAUGGAAUUCAUCUAUAUGACAAGAUGGAGACUAAGAGGCGAAAAUUUUCGGUGUCAGAACUGCUCAUCUUCGCAAGUCUGCUCACAGGAUGGCACUUUUUAUCAGUCUUACCCUAUGGUACUGCAGUAUCGACCCAGAAUUGACUUUGGUUAGACCAAAGGGCUGGAUCCCACUGAGAUGAAUCCUGCACUAUUUGUUUACCCAUCGACAGAUUGCACAAUGAAUGGAUGUGCCUGGAUUAAGGGGACACAACCAGACUUUCAGCAUGCAAAUAAGGACAUUGUCUUUCUUAAAAUUGUCAAUUGCAUCUUUGUUGUUUCUAUUAGAGCAAGCCAAGUGCCAUUCUGUUACUGAAAUGUGCAUAAGAUAUUUGUAGUAUCUUAAAAGUGUGCUGCAAGUCAUAGCCAAAAUCAUGACGUGUAUAGUCAAGAUUCAAAAACUACAGAACAUUUUGCCUGCCUGUUAGAAGAGUUUUCUGGUCCUAAUGUUGAUUACACUAGCAAAAUGGCAGAAUGCUCAUUCCAUGUGGUGUUGCAAUUGUCACAUAUUUACUAUUUUACUGAUUAUUGUUGUAUAAAUGAUAGCGAACUGUACAAAAAGUUAUGGAUUAUACCUUGAAAAUAUUUUGUAUAGAAAAUAUAUUUAGAACAGUGGUGAUUGUGCCACUACAUUUUUCUUGUUAAGUUUCUCGUGCGUCCAGGUAUAGCUCGCUCAUGAGUGUGCAGCAGUCCUUUUUCAAUGAAUGAAGAUUAUCCUUACAACAAUAUUAGAACAUAGUAAUUCAACUAAGCCAUUUUAAAUUGUCUAAAUAGAUUCUGCCAGUGUCACCUAAUAGCACAAUAGCCCUUGUGAGUGCAAAAUUGUAUGAUUGGCCUAGAGAUUGGAAAAUGAUAUACAACUAUUUAGGAUAAUGGCAGCUGGUCAAAUUAAAUUUCUUUUAAUAAAGUCAGUGUAAAAGUGAGGUUAAAAUCAUUUAAAUAUCCAAUAAAAAAGCAGAAAUUCCUGUCUGAAAUUACACCAUAUGACAAACAUUUAUAUAUCUUUUGUCACUCUGUUGCCAUUCACAUUAAGGAUUUCUUUUUAAGAUUGGGUUUAGAUGUGUCCAAGUGUGGCAUAUAAUAGAGUAAAAUAAUACAAACUAACAUAUUUCAAAAUACACAGCUUUAAUGGCAUUAAAUUUCUGUUAUGUUUAUCUGGAGUUCAGAAGCUAUUGCAGAUUAAUUUAAUUAGUUAUUGUCGCAUCUUAAAGCUAGUUCCAUAAAACUAGAGGUAAUGCAAUGUAGUAGAUAAGCAGUCUGAUGAAAAUAGGCUGUUCAAGGCAUUUUUUUUUUCUCAGACCUGGUGGUGGUGGGGAAAAAUGUGAUUUUUGCCUUAGGUAUCACAAAUAUAAUGGUUCUAGUGAAGAAAAUUGUAUUAAGGUUUCUAGUAACAUUGCAGGGAGCAUUAUAUUUCAUAUAUUUUCUGUAGUCUUCCAUUGUCUUUGCUCAGUUUACAAGUCAGAGUGGGUUUUUUAUUUCAAACUCUGCAGAGAUACUUACAGUUCAAUACUUGGUAUAAUUUCUACUUAAUGCACAGCUACCAGCAUUCCUACUAACUUUUAUAUGACUUUAUGUAUACAAAAAAAGGAAACAAAUUGACUUUCAGAAGCUACUAUAGAAUGAAUUACUCAUGCUUUGAAAAUCAAACAAAAAACCGAAAUAAAAAACCACAGGGUCAAAGCAUAAAAGCUAGAUGAUGGGAAAUAGCUCCUAUAGAAGUUUGGUGUCAGUACAAUUUAUAUGUGUUGGGCAUGCAAACAAACAUGCAUUACGGGUGAAAUGGUGGCCCCUGAAGUCAAUGGGAGUUUUGCCAUUGACUUUAGUGACAACAGGAUCACAUCCUGUUUGUAUGCACUGAGUCAAAUCCUACCUUUGUGUUCCAAAAGCCACAUAACAAGGGGGAGUAGAGACAUUGUCCAUAGCAUUCUGUUAAGGAAUCCUGCCAUUGCAGAUGAAGAUUGCAUAUAAUGUGCUGACACAGGGUGCCAUGGGAAACACUCUGAUACUCCCUUCUGCAGGCACAGUGUUCUGACUGGUUUUGGGGUUAGUUGGGUCAUACAGUUGAUAGCAACAGAUGCACUUGCUGGUUGCAAAGGCUAGUCACCUCUUGCCCUCCCAGUCCAUGGCAUGCUUGUUCCCAGUCCAUGGCAUGCUCGUUGGCAGAUUUGACAAGCUGCUCCAUGGUGGUAAACCCCCAGCUCCUACACAGAGCCUUAACAAAUGCAGUGGUACUCUUGACAGACACAGAGGUCUGCCCACAUGGAUCAGCUUGCAGGAGGGGGAUCCAAAUUUCUAUUGCAUAUCAAUGUUAUGUGCAUCAUACUAAAUUCCUUUAUAAAGUAGCAACAGGAUGUUAUUUCUAAAUAUUUACAUGUAUGUACAAAUGACACCUUUCAAUUUUUAUGCCCUUCACAUCAUAGAAGUAUUGUUUUUAUGCCAGGAGUAUUUUCAAGGUGGCUUCACGUUCAAAUGAAAGGUUUGUUUCAAAGCUUUUGGUUUCAGUUUGUCAUAAAAUUAAUAGCAAUAUUCCAAGCUUAAUUUUUAGUUGAUUUGGGGGAGACAAUGUAUUUCUUCAGUUGUAUAUUUGCUGGUUUGGUACAUUUGGACUGGGUGUUUUAAACAAACAGAAGGACAGCACAGAAUUUGUCUGCAGUGUUGUUGUAGCCAUGUAGUCUCAAGAUAGUCGAGAGACAAGUUAGGUGAGGUAAUAUUUAUUGGACCAACUUCUGCUGGUGAAAGACAAGCUUUCAAGCUCACGGAGCUCUUCUUCAGGUCUGAGAAAAGUACACAGUGUGUCACAGCUAAAUACAAGACGGAAUAAAUUGCUAAACGUAAGGAGUUAACACGUUGCAAGAGACCAUUCAGGUCAUUAAGUGAGCAGUUAACACCUCUGCAGUCAUGGGACAAAGGAGGACUAGUGGAGCACAGAUGGUUAUAAUGAGCCAUAAAUCCAGUGUCUUUAUUGAGUCCAUGGUUUUUAAUGUCUAGCAGAGUUGUGAAUUUUUUCCAGCUUUUGAAGGUGUUAUGCGGACUUCCUUUGAGGAUGAGGAUAGGUCAGAUAUGGAGUGAUGGCUUUUUGAAAGGUGUUUGGUCACGGGUGAUAGGGUGAUUUUUGUCUUUUAUCAUUUUUCUCUGUGAGUUCAUUUGAGAGUAUAGUGAUUGUCUGGUUUCACCCACAGUUGUUAAUGGGGCAUUUAGUGCAUUGGAUGAGGUACACCACAUAUUGUGUUAGGCAUGUGUAGGACCCAUGGGUCUUGAAUGGUGUAUUGUGGAAGAUAUUGAUCAUUAUAAAAGUGGAGAUAUGUCAUCCGGGUUUUGCAUCUGUUGUUCUGGCAGGGUCUAGUGCCACUUUGAGUUGGUGUAUUCUGAUCUGUGGGGAGCUUGCUUCUGAUGAUGACCUUGGUAAGGUUGGAAGGUUGUUUGAAGGCCAGAAGAGGGGGUUUGGGAAAGAUUUAUUUCAGGAUGUGGUCCCAUCGAGUAUGGGUUAUAAUUAUUUAAUGAUUCCCUAUAUGGGUUCCAAUGUGGAAACACCAUAUUACCUGUGGGUAAACAUUUUUCUCAAAUAUUUUUCCCACUUUAUCUUGAAUGAUCUCUUGAAACGUGUUAACUUUUUAUUUUUAACCGUCUGUUCCAUCUUCUAUUUAACCGUUGACAAUCUGAGUAUCUUUCCCAGACCCAAAGAAAAGCUCUGUGAGCUUGAAAGCUUGUCUUUCAUCAACAGAAGUUGGUCCAAUAUAAGAUUUUCCCUCACCUACCUUGUCUAACACAAAAUUUAUCACUUUGAGUCCAUUCUUAAGGCCAUGCCAUAGACAGAAUUUUGCACCCAACCAACAAAUUCAUAUUGGAUUUAGCAUGGCCACUGAAAAUUCUUUUUACUCUAUUAUGAGGGCCCAUGAGUGACAAUGAAUAGAGAUUUGAAUGUUUCAUAAGAUUUUCUGCAUUCUAAGUUCAGGAAGCCAAAAAUUUGUCUUGCUCAGAAUUGACAACUGUGUUAUUUCAUGGUUUUUGUUUUUUAAAUCCAGCUCAGAACUGGAUUAGGGAAGUCAAAUCUUCUUCACUGUAAGUUCAAAAACUAAGGACAGAUACAUUUUCAAUGUACUUAGUUGAGUAUCCUGUCUUUCAGUGCUUUUAUAAACAUACGAUCUAGCUACCUACAAGUAUGAAUUUCAGAUAUGACAGCAUAGUGCCUGCUUGUGGUUUGGUUGAAUGCUUGUCCUAGGGGUUAGAUGCCAGCCAAAUUGAUAUCUAUAUGGGCAGUUUGCAUAACACAAGUGCUGUCUCUCCUGCAGUAAAUUCCUCUUUUCUUAUACUGCAUAGUGUGACAUGUCUACAGAUAUGUACGUGUGAUUAUCCCUGUUGAUACAUUGUGCCAAUUAAAAAAUAAGACAAAUGUAAGAAUAGUCAAGUGCAUGUACAGACACUUUUGAGUGCCAAAGUCAGAUUAUAAUGCAGUGGGAACAUGGGUAUUCAAUGAAAAUCACACAGCAUCUCCAAAUAAAACAGGACACUACUACGUACAGGCGUGCUUGAUGUGGACAUUUAAAUAGCAGACAGUGUCUCACCGCUGCAUAAAGUCAAUCAGGAAGGAAGAAAAUAGCUGAGCCCACAAUAGUUAUUCUGCAAUUAUCCAUAUUGUUGGUUCCCACCUGCAAUGGGGGGUGGUCAGACCUAAAAUGAGACACUUUCCCUAAUUGUACAACCUUUAACUCUAUCUCACAAGUUUAGGUUUUUUUCUAAAAUGAGAGCCCAGAAGUUAUAUCCUCCUCCUUCUCCCAGAUAGCCCAUUAAUAGAAGUCAAAUGUAAUGCCUUUUGUUAGACUAGAAAUCUGUAUGCAGUGUAUGUCCCCUAACAUACUGUAAAUUAAGAGUUUACAGAAUAGGAUCUUGUAAGAUCUCAAAAGCAUAUAUAAUACAAAUCUAUUAGAUUAGCAUGAAAUGUGCAUUACAUUGUGUACUAUUAAACUACCUUGACUAAGGGCCCAAUCCUGCAAACACAUGAAUAAUUCUUAUUUGUCUGAAUAGCCCCCACUGUAGUCAGUGGAACUUAUCACUACAGUAAGGAUUAUUCAAAUAAAUGUUUUCAGAAUCAGACCCUAACGUAUGGGGUGCUCAGAUAGGAAACAAUGUGCAACAAAAAUGUAACUAUAUUCUUCUCUUUAAUGACAUUUUAUAAUGUAAAUUAUUUUGACUCUUCUGGUUUUACUGAAAAUGUUAUUUAAAGGAAAAUGGUGGAUUACUAAUAUAGAAUAUCUUUUAGACCCACUUCAUACAUUUUAAAUAAGAAUAUUUUUCUGUGUAUUAUAAAUGGUCUCAAUAUUUUCAGUAAUAGUAUUUCUUAAUAGAACUCUACAUAGAAGAAUCUUCCUUCAAGUGAAACAAGCCGACAUCAAAGAAAUAUUUUCUGUUAAUUAGGCAGUUUAAAUAUGGGCAAAUACAGUAUCUCACAUACUAGAAACUAUUUAAAAAGGAUGAGUCUUAUGUUGAGUCAAUUUUAUUUUCCCCUAAUCUUGAAUUCUGGAUCCUUAUCUUUUUCCUUAGUCUGAGAUAUUUUGGCUGUAUUUCUCUUGCAAAUUCCAGGAGCAACUCAGAUUUGUCCAUUGUGGUUUAGGACUUAAAUUUACUUUCUGCAGCAGAGUGGUAGACAGGGCUCCCAUGUUAUCCAUUUCAAUCCUAGCUUUUUAAAGCUGAUUUUGUGACAGCAGCAACCAAAAUCUUUUGCUCUCUACUCUCCCAUAGUGAACCAAAAUUUGUAGGGCUUUUCUCCCUAAAUGGGACCACCCACUGAGCUCUUUUGCUCUAUAUGUUUUCCAUUUCCAUAUCACCACAGAGGUCAAGAGGCAAUCUAUUUGCCAUAAGGUCUGAGAAGCUACAGAAGGGUAUUCCAUGGAGUUGCAGCAAAACCACAAAAGCCAACUCAGCCAGACACUAAGGGCUUGUGUACACAAACAUUUAAUUUCCCACAAACUGCAGUGUGAAUAUACCCUACACUAGCCUGCUCUCGAUCCUGCUGACAAGUAUUAACAGUUCAUUAAUACAGUCUCAUUUAGUUAAUAAAAGAACUGUUAAUGCACGUCAGUUAGUCCAUGGCAAAAUAAGGCAGGGUAGAGUCACAUCCCAGUUUGCCACAAACUAGAGAAGCCCUAACUGAUUGAAGUUCUUGACAGCAUAGUUAUUCAGUGCCAAUUCUCUGAGUUUCAAAACACACCAGCGGAAUCCUACGUGGAGAAAAGCUUGAUACAGUUCUAGCCAAUUACAUGGACUAGCCAAAGUGUUUGCUCCCAUUCCAGUCAAGUUGAAGGAUGUAAAGGUCCUUUUAUUCCUAUCCACAAGAGGGUAAGAACAUAAGAAGAAAGCCCAAACCAAGAAAUGAGUCCAACUCCUCUUUCCAGCUCAUUCAGUUUGAGCAGUCAAGUAGGCCUACAACAGUUUUCAGUCAAGUAGGCCUACAAAGCAGGGUAUUCCCUUUUCCAGAUACCUCAUUCUAAUUUCAGGUUUCAGAGUAACAGCCGUGUUAGUCUGUAUUCGCAAAAAGAAAAGGAGUACUUGUGGCACCUUACAGACUAACCAAUUUAUUUGAGCAUAAGCUUUCGUGAGCUACAGCUCACUUCAUCGGAUGCAUACUUGCAUAAUGACUAACAGGUAAGUUCAGAACCGAGUGAAGCAGAGAUGCACCCUGGAGUUCCAGACUCCUCCACAUCUCUUUUUCAUCCCUCUUCAACCUCGCAAGACAACUAAAAACAUCAAAUAAUCCUGAAGGAGAUCUCACACCUGAAGGAGAGUGUCCUAGUUCAGUCAGACAGUCACCUGGAGUAAGAAGCAAUAGAACUUGUCCCUCAAAGGUUCGGGACUCUGCUUCAUAUUCUUCAGAGUAAGAAAAAGAUGAGGAGAGUCCAAGCGGUCUUAGACAAGGAAAAUGAACAGGUUGACAAAAUAGAAAAUAUUCAGAUAGAAGAAUUUUCUGAAGCCCUCUCAAAGUAUCAUUCACCUAGGAGUUGAAUGCAGCCUUACCAACACAGGAAAGAUUAAACAUGGCCCACGCACUGAUCUUUAAGUUGUGCGUACUUGCACCCCCUUGGUCUUCUGGCCUUGUACAUAGAAAUUACACCCUAGACAAGAGUGCAUAUGGUAUUACGUCAAGGAUUUCUCUUAUGAGCCUGGAACUGUCACAACAAGAGAAGUGUAGGAAAGCAGAUACUAUCCAGAGUGUUUCAGUGAUUCAUUUGGUGGUGAUGGGAAGCCCAUAUGAUUGUAGCAACUUCCUUUCUGCAGUCCAGAUACCAAAAUCCAGACCUCUGGUAUCAACCUUUCAGGAUGGGGAACACACCUGGAGCACCACAAUAAACAAAGUUAAAAAAGCUCCAGGCUCCAGAUUUGGGAGCCUUCAGGCUGGCUCUUUGAGACUUCAGCUCUUGCCUUAGGGAAGGAGCAUAUUCUAGUUCAGUCAUGACCAUGGCAUAUAUAAAUUGACAUGAGGACAUGAGAAUUUCAAGUCUAAAUGCCAAAGUAAUGCAGAUUCCCUCCUGAGAAUAAACUCAUCUAUUUUCCAAUAAAGCAAGCCACAUAGGAGCUGUCCACAAUGCUACAAGCUUUCGCAAUCCAGACCUUUGAAUCAAUGAUACAUAAUUCCCUGUAUUUCCUUAUAGUAAAGUUAUGCGUCAUGUCAACCAGAAGAGUUUCAGAAAACAUUGCUUUUAGAAGACAAAGCUUUACUAUAUCUUCCAGGAGGACAAGAUAAAGCUCUUUCUACUCUAGAGGCAUUCAUAAACAAGGUUAACCCAUCAGUACUUCAUGGGAGAUUAUUCAUUCAUUUUGUCCAAUACCUCACAUUUGGAGAGGAUAAAAGCAUGGCAUAUCCUACAUGUGAGAAGAACAGUGAAAUAUACCUUAGUAGAACCAAUCAAUUCAGAAAAAUAUUGAUUGUUUUGUUUUUGCCCAUAAUGCCUGGGCUAAGCCAGCUAAAUCCUCCAUAGUCAGGUGGAUCUAGUCCUGCUUCACCAAAGCAUAGUCAGCUGUAGACAGACUGAUUCUAGAAGGGAUCAGAGCCUACUUAACACUUUCCAAGAUGGCUUUCAGGGCAGAAAAAGCUUGAGCCACCACAGAAGAAAUCUGAAAAACUUCCACCUGGUCAUCUAUCAACAUUUUAGUAAAACACUAUUGGCUUGAUCUUCCCUUCUCAACUGAAGCAUCCCUCUGUGGGAAUGUGCUCCAAACAGUGAUCCCAGAAUAGAUUAAUGCUACUAAUUUUAGAGAAGGGGAAUAUUUUCCUUGUCUUACUCAUCUUUACUUCCCAGCUAAUUUUUUUCCUUACUACUCACUACGUCCCAAAUGUCUCAGAUGGAUGGGAGGGAGAGGUCAGGAUCUUUCAGAUGGGAUUUCUAAGUAGGGUUUCCUUUGACACAAGACAUUCUGCUGGUGUUUUUACAAUGGUCACUUCUGAAUCCUGUCAUUACCAUUAAGAAGUUUGUUUCCUUUACUGAUAAGCAAUUUAAUGUUUCUAUACAGCUCUGGAAGCACUUCAAGAGUAGUGGUAGGGGUGUGGAAAAGCCUGUAGACCUGAGCUGCCUCUUGUAUUUGUAGAAAGAGAGGUGCAACUCUAAUGUUUCAAACUGCAGGAGAGGCCAGUCCCAUAAGAUAAAGAUUCCAUGAUUAUAUUAACGAACCAAAGAGAGGCAUUAGAUUGAAUUUGCAUAUUGCUAUGAUAUAUGUACUUUUUCUUACAGUAAACUUUAUAUAUAUAUAAAUAUAUAUAUAUAAAUUUUUUCUAGCAGAUAUUUUUAAAGGGGGCUUAAUACGUGACAUAUAAAAGGAUGGAUGGGAUGAAAAUAAAUUGUUAUUUUUUUCCCUUAAGGUGAUGAGCAGCAGGCAGGGUUUGGAUUAAGAGAGAAUGGUGUAGUAUAUAAAAUUCUUACAAGGGUAAAACAUUUUUGUGCUGCUGGCUAUAGUCUAAGUUUUCUAUUGCAAACAAAGGUGAAGCAAAGAUGUUUACUGUCAAAGUGAGAAGCAUUUAUUCUGUGGUGAUAUUCUGGUCCCAUAACUGUGUUUUGUAUUCUAUCAGGUGAUUAGCAAUGUAGAUGUUGCCGUUGUGUCUGAGGGAUUUUGGUGCAGUAUAAUCAGUUGCUCACUGUACCUUUUUACUGGAAAACUGAAUUCUGAUUGACUUAAAUUACUCCGUGCAUCUGCCUAUCAUACAUUUAAUUUAUUCAUAAAGUUUUUUUUAAAGACUAUAUUUUUAUGACUUAUUUGCUUGCCUAAUAGUUUAAGGGACGUUUUAAUACCAAAGGUCAGCCAUCCAGAAACUGACUUGGAAUAAAGCAUUGUCAUUUUCCGUUGAGGAGUGCAGUGGACAUCUAGUUAGUCAAGUGUAAUGCAUCUGGUAUCAAACAAACGUAUGUUACUGGUGGUAGCUGUUUAUUGCCAAACUAGAGUUUGGCAUACCUGUCAAUUUUUGAAUAACAGAUAAAUUAUUGGAAAUUAGCAUAAGGAUUGAAUUUACCAGUCAUGGGUAGAAAGAAUGGUCCCUUUUAGGUCAUGGGUAAUGUCUGUUAACAAAAAGAAGCAUAAAGGCUUGCAUUACUGAUAUCUGUGCUAUACCUGGCCUGUGAACUAAUAAAAUACUUCCGUGUACUGUCAAUCUCAUAAACCUUCUGAAGCACAAAAUAUUCACAAAGAUACUUUUGGGUUUUCUAGCUGUAGCUUAGUGAAUUUUUGGAGGGUAAAAAGGACAGACUUGGAGGAUCAUGCAAAGAUGUUAAAGUACAUUUUACAGAUUUUAUAGCUAUUUUUUUAGCAAAUGGCAUUGCUUUCAGUAACAUCAGACUAUUGAUUAGUAAAAAUAUCAAGGUUAUUUUGUGUGUGGUGCAGUAAAAAUAAAAAAUUAGAUAAAUCUCUUGCAUUUCUUUUCCAGGAUAGUCCUGAACUACAUUGGAAAAAACAGAACAAUUAUUUAAAGAGAUUUUAAAAUCUGUCACUUAAAAAAUUGCAGUAGCUCUUAUUUCUUUUCUAUUUUUUCAGGAGUAGAAACUUCCUGGAAUAAACAUUAAGCAAUGGAUAAUUUUGUAAAUAUUUUCCCAAAUGCAAACUCAAAAAUAUUUUGCAUUUUAAAAAAAUCAAUGCAAAGCCUGAUCUAUUAGACGUUCCAGGCUACCGAAUAGUCUGUAUAGAGUACUCUAAAUGGCAUUUUUUUGGAUGGGGGCCUAAGUGUCCUUAUAUAAGCUGUGAUCCAAGUAAAGAUAAGAAAGGAGCUUGUGGUGGGCAGUAAUUCUUCCUUGCAUCUGGUCAGUGGCUAUCCGUUUUUAAUACAACAGCCCUCACAAUACUUAGAGAUCAUAGGACGUAUUGUAAUGUUAUGUUGCUAAUUUUCUUUUAAAAUAUAAAAUAUUUUAAGCUUUUUGUCAAAAGUGAUAACACCUUAUUACAAAUGAACCUUUUUGUGGUUGUAAAAUUUAGCUUAUAAAUCAUUCAAAUUGAAGUGAAAAAAAAAUACCAGGUCAUUGUUAAUGACUUAGUCUAUCCUACUACUAAGAAUAUAUGUAUUUUUAUAAAGGAAAAGCACUUGUAGAUAUUUAAUCAGUCCAAUAUCUAUGUUUAUGUUUUGAAAAAACAAAAAGCUGCUUAGAGAAUCACUUAAAUAUUUUUAUUUUUGUGCUCAAAUGCAUUCUCAGUUGAUUUAUGGAAUGUUUAUUCUGUAUAAAGCUGUAUAGUUGUUACAGCUGGGCUAAAUGCAUUUUAUACCUGGACUUAGCCAAGUCUAUCUGACCAUGCUACAAAAAAUGUCUACAUUAUCAAUAAUUUGAUUGCAUAACAUAUAAUGACGGUGCUGUUUUUUCAUUUUUGACAUUAGUUUCUUCCUACCUUAUAACAUUCCUACUUUAUUGUAUUUGUUGUGAUACAGCAAAUUUCAUUGUGAGGGUCACAUUCCAAUGGAUGUUUUAAGGUAUACAAUAUUUACAUAGUCCAUUUACAGUUUAUGCAAUCCAUAAAAUUAUCUAAAGUUACAACAGAUUUGCUAGACAUCAGUAUUUAAUAGCAAAUUUCCCCACUGAAUGAAAAUGACAUACCAGAUAUGUGAAGCAAAUAGUAUUUUCCUAGUGCCGUGGGACAUAUCUGAUACUCGAUAUUUUUGAAUUUUAGGAAACUGCUGCUGGAACAUAUGCAUGUUACAACUGCACCUUUUGAGUUACUAGUACAUAGUAAUUUGUACCAACCGUACUUUUAAACUACUUUUUUGAAAACACAAAAAAACACAUGAUAUGACAUUAGGACUUAAUCUCAUGGAACCAUGGACACUGACAUGGUGAAAUUGCAAUGAUGGCUGAAAUGCCAUUCUUAACCCAUUUUUUGUGCCAGCUUGUACUGUAGUAUAUCUAACAUCUAAAGGAACCCAGCAACACACACACACCAUUCCAAAUGAAUUCUACCAGAUCACUGUUAAAGACAGAUGGCCAGACUCUGAUCUCAGUUCCACACAUGUAAACCCACAGUCUUCACACAAUGGGACUCUGCAUGGGUCUUCACUAACAGGUCCUCAGGCUGGGUCAGAGCUCUAGAUUUGACUUUAAUGGUGUUUCUUUGCUUUUACAUUCAUGUAACUUAGACUUGAAUAUGGCCAAGAGUUCCCACCUUCACUCUGAAUUUCCUUACAUUUGUGGCAUCUGUCAUAUCUCUAACAUUAGUCAUGCUUAAUGUAUUGUGUUAGUUUUCCAUAAGUUUGUAAAGUUUAGUAACUAUAAGCCCAGAAGUCCACAGUAAAUUACAAUAUUACAAUCCUAAAUGUGUGUAAAUAUUUACAUAAUUAAAUAGUGAGAGGAUUUUAUUCAAUAGACUGCAAAUACUUGGUAAAACCAUUACCAUAUUAAUACACUUACGCUUUUCUUAAGUUCCUAAAGUAGUCAGUAUUUCUUAAACAUCUUACAAUUUGAAUAUUUUACACUUUUUAAAUUUCUUGUUAAAUAGCUACUAAUAGUAUGUCCAUAUUAAAUCAAUGGGGGCUCAACAUCUCAGGGUCAACAAAGUAGUAUUUUAGAAUCUCAAACCACUUUGAGUUAUAAAUGUAAUAUAUAUGUAAAAUAUAUAUUGCAGCCCUAUAUAUUUUUUUAAAUAACCAAUUGAGUAUUUUUGUUAGUGUAUAAAACAAGUACUGUCGUUUCCCCCCCGCUCUGCCAAAGGUCACUCUGGAAUAUUCUUUUCAGCUGAGUUAUAACUCUUUUAAAAAAUAGAGGGUUGUCCUGAAAAAGGAUGAUAAACCCAUAACUACAUUAGAACAAGUGAACACUUCUAUAAUUAAGUACUGAGUUGGUACUAGCCUUCAUUUGGCAAAAUCAGGUCUGUGUUGUAUUUUGAUGCAGAGAAAAUUGAGUUUGUUUGGAGUUAUACCUACAUUUGUAAAGAGGGUAAAUUUUAGUACAAUAACUCAUGCAAACUCUGUAAAUGGACAUUUUAAGAAAUAUAUUUGAUAUGUAACAGUUUCUUAUUGUGAUUGUAUGUAUGCUUCAGUACCAGUGAUGUUAAAUUGAGUGUUUCAUGUAAUUGUCAAGAAUAUCCACGGCACCUUCAUUUACUGCUAUAGUAAGUUACAAUUGUGUAAGGUCCAUAUGCUGCAAGAUGCCUCUGGCCCAGUUGAAUUAAUCCUAUGAAAAAUCUAGAUGAGCAAGAAGUAUAACUAAUCUGCUUACUAGCACUGAAUUGCUCCUUUCUGAAAGCAAUAAAUAUAUUCAUGUUGUAACAUCUGUUGUGCAGCCUACAAAUACAAAUUGUUUUGUUGCAUUUUGUUUUCUAUAUAAUUUAUUUUGUGCAAUAAAAAGUUUCUCUGGUUUCUCUGA